GCAGGGCUGAGGGAGAGCGAGCAGGAGUCCGCUGCUGCCACCUCAACAUGGAGUAACCAGAGCUCAGCGUUCACUGCUAAGGAGCGGAUCCCAGAGAAGAGGAGUACCCGGCGGCCUCUGUUUAAUCCAUCACCCGAGGUCCCCGCAAAUGAUUCAGCGGACACUUUUUGUGAAGGCGAAGGAAAGCUCGGCUUUUAUUUGAAAGAUGGCGAACGACUCUCCAGCUAAAAGUCUAGUAGACAUAGACUUGGCUUCAUUGCGGGAUCCAGCUGGGAUAUUCGAGCUGGUGGAGGUAGUUGGAAAUGGCACCUAUGGACAAGUAUACAAGGGACGACAUGUCAAGACCGGCCAGCUGGCUGCCAUCAAGGUCAUGGACGUCACAGAGGAUGAAGAAGAGGAAAUUAAACUGGAGAUCAAUAUGCUGAAAAAGUAUUCCCACCACAGAAACAUAGCCACCUACUACGGUGCUUUCAUUAAGAAGAGCCCCCCGGGGCAUGAUGACCAGCUAUGGCUGGUGAUGGAGUUCUGUGGUGCUGGUUCGAUCACAGACCUCGUGAAGAACACCAAGGGGAACCAGCUGAAGGAAGACUGGAUUGCCUACAUCUCCAGAGAGAUCCUCAGAGGUCUCGCCCACUUACAUGCCCACCACGUCAUCCACCGUGACAUCAAAGGCCAGAAUGUCUUGUUGACUGAGAAUGCUGAAGUUAAACUAGUGGAUUUUGGCGUGAGCGCUCAGCUGGAUCGGACAGUCGGAAGGAGAAACACCUUCAUUGGCACGCCUUAUUGGAUGGCCCCUGAAGUCAUUGCUUGUGACGAGAACCCAGAUGCAACAUAUGAUUACAGAAGUGAUCUGUGGUCCUGUGGUAUUACGGCGAUUGAAAUGGCUGAAGGAGCACCACCUCUUUGCGACAUGCACCCCAUGCGUGCACUCUUCCUCAUUCCAAGAAAUCCUCCUCCUCGGCUGAAAUCUAAGAAAUGGUCCAAAAAGUUCUUCAGCUUCAUCGAGAGCUGUCUUGUUAAGAAUUACACGCAGCGCCCACCAACAGAGCAGCUGCUGAAGCACCCCUUCAUCCGAGACCAGCCCAAUGAGAGGCAGGUCCGCAUACAGCUCAAAGACCACAUUGACCGGACAAAGAAAAAGAGGGGCGAGAAAGAUGAGACGGAGUAUGAAUACAGUGGCAGUGAGGAGGAGGAAGAGGAUCCUCCUGAGCAAGAAGGAGAGCCCAGCUCUAUCGUCAAUGUGCCAGGUGAGUCGACUCUACGCCGUGACUUCAUCCGCCUGCAGCAGGAGAAUAAAGAGAGGUCGGAGGCACUCCGUCACCAGCAACUCCUCCAGGAGCAGCAACUCCGGGAGCAGGAGGAGUACAAGCGCCAACUACUGGCCGAGAGGCAGAAACGCAUUGAGCAACAGAAGGAGCAGAGAAGGCGGCUAGAGGAGCAACAGCGCCGCGAACGGGAGAUGAGGAGGCAACAAGAGCGUGAGCAACGCCGCCGCGAGCAAGAAGAGAAGAGGCGCAUGGAGGAGAUGGAUCGUAGACGUAAAGAGGAGGAGAACGCGGCGGCUGAGGAUGAGAAAAGAAGGAACGAUCGUGAGCAGGAGUACAUCAGACGUCAGCUGGAAGAGGAACAGAGACACCUUGAGAUGCUGCAGGAGCAGCUACUCCGUGAACAGGCCAUGCUGUUGGCCGACGAACGUUACCGUAAGAACAUUCAGGGCUCCCCUCAGACUGCCCCUCCUCCCAAGCAGCCCCCUCUGCCUCCCCGCUCCUCUGAACCGUUCUCCAACGGCGGCGGCGGCUCUUCCGAAGCAUCUGCCAUGCACCGCCCCAUGGAGCCUCAGGUCCAGUGGUCUCACCUGGCUGCUCUAAAGAGCAGCAACAGCGCCCGCCCCCCUCCUCCUCCUCCGCCCGUGGUCUCCCGCUCCCAGUCCUUCAGCGAGUCCGGUGGCGUGGCCUCUAGCUUUGCACAACUCCACCUGCGCUCCCAGGACCCCCACCAUCACCACCACCACCACCCAUCGCCUGCACGCACAGUCCCACCCCAACCUCCCCUCCACAACCCUCAGGCUAGGCUUGAACACCAGGCCAGCAGCGAGGAGGUCCCUCCCAAGGUACCAGUGAGGACAACAUCCAGGUCUCCUGUACUGUCACGAAGGGAUUCCCCUCUGCCUUCACAGCCCAGCAACCAGGCCGGACAGAGGAAUGCUGGCAGUAACGUGGAGCAGCGUCCGCUGUGGGAUCGAGUGGAGAAGCUGCAGUCUCGCCCAGGCAGCGGCAGCUCCUCCGGAUCUUCCAACUCCAGCUCUCAGGCCAGUCCUGGGGACCGCUUCAGGCCACGCUGUGAGUCCCCUGCUUCCUCCAAAUCUGAAGGAUCGCCUCUCCAGCGGCCUGAAAACGUUUCCAAGAAACAGGAUGAAAAGAACCUCGCCAGGCCCACCCGACCAGCUGACCUAACUGCUCUGGCCAAGGAGCUCCGUGCAGUCGACGAUGUGCGACCUCCUCACAAAGUCACGGACUACUCCUCCUCUAGUGACGAGUCGGGCACCACCGACGAGGAGGACGAGGAAGAGGUGGACCAAGAGGCGGGAGAAGAAUCCACCUCAGGAGCUGAGGACUCCAAAGCUGGAUAUCCCCAUGGCUUCCGCAGGAGAGUGAGUAACGGAGAGACGGAGUCUGCUAAGACCAUGCUGGUUGAAGACUCGGAGAGCGAACAAGCCACUACGCCCUCCAAAGAUGGCACACUAGUCAUCAGACAGAGCACAGCUGACAUAAAGCGGUUGGUCACUCUCUCAUCUUCCUCCCCUUCCUCGGCUGGCUCUGGCCACGGCCAACCCCAACCCCCCGGCCGCGGCUUGCUAGAGAAAAACGGCUUUCCGGGCCACAUACACCACCUACCAGACCUUAUCCAGCAGAGCCAUCACUCCCCUUCCUCUUCUACAGCCAUCUCUUCCUCCUCCUCUUCCACCACUACCUCUUCCUCCUUACCCUCAUCAUCUAGCCAUGCCAGUCCUGCAGUGUCCCCACAGAUCUCUUUGGAUGAGCUCACUGCCAUAGAGUCGCAGUCAGAGAGCAACUCCAUGUCCAAGCACAAGUCUUCCUCCUCUUUCACUCCCUUCAUCGACCCACGCCUUCUGCAAAUAUCGCCAUCCAGCGGGAGCUCCCUUAACAACAUGGCUGGAUUUGGGCAAGACGGGCGUCUGUCAGAUCAGCUGAGGGCUGACCCGUCCCGUAAAGGUUCAGUGGUGAACGUCAACCCAGUCAACACUCGGCCACCGAGCGACACUCCGGAGAUUCGCAAGUACAAGAAGAGGUUCAACUCUGAGAUCCUGUGCGCGGCACUCUGGGGAGUAAAUCUGCUGGUGGGAACAGAGAGCGGUCUGAUGCUGCUGGACCGAAGCGGUCAGGGCAAGGUCUACCCCCUGAUCAACCGGCGACGCAUCCAGCAGAUGGAUGUCCUGGAGGGACUCAAUGUCCUGGUGACCAUAUCAGGUAAAAAGAACAAGCUGCGAGUGUAUUACCUGUCGUGGCUCCGAAACAAGAUUUUGCACAAUGACCCCGAGGUGGAGAAGAAACAGGGUUGGGUCAAUGUGGGCGACCUGGAGGGCUGCGUCCACUACAAAGUUGUGAAGUAUGAGAGGAUUAAAUUCUUGGUGCUGGCUUUGAAGAACGCUGUGGAGGUCUACGCAUGGGCACCUAAACCUUACCACAAGUUCAUGGCCUUUAAGUCUUUUGGUGACCUGGUGCACAAACCUCUGCUGGUUGACCUGACUGUGGAGGAAGGUCAGAGGUUAAAGGUCAUCUACGGCUCCUGUUCAGGCUUCCAUGCUGUGGACGUGGACUCUGGCGCCGUCUACGACAUCUACCUGCCCACACAUAUCCAAACCCACAUUCAGUGUCACGCCAUCAUCAUCUUGCCCAACACUGACGGGAUCGAGCUGCUGGUGUGUUACGAGGACGAGGGUGUCUACGUCAACACCUACGGACGCAUCACCAAGGACGUGGUGCUGCAGUGGGGUGAAAUGCCAACUUCAGUGGCCUACAUUAGGUCAAACCAGAUCAUGGGCUGGGGUGAGAAGGCUAUAGAGAUCCGCUCAGUAGAGACGGGCCACCUUGAUGGCGUCUUCAUGCACAAGAGAGCCCAGAGACUCAAAUUCCUUUGUGAGAGGAAUGACAAGGUCUUCUUUGCCUCUGUGCGCCCCGGAGGUGCCAGCCAAGUAUAUUUUAUGACCCUUGGACGCACAUCCCUUAUGAGCUGGUAGACACGUGCUGCACCAUCAGCCAGUGCGCCAACCAUUACCGAAGCAGUGACCCACAGAUGACGAUUGUGACCAUGACCAACAAAGACGUUUAAGCCUGACCUGGAGAGGCGUUUUCUGAGGAGACGACUUCCUCUUCUCACGUGCUCGGGCAGCCAAACAACGGAUUGGACUAUAAUCAUGAUAAAGAAGCUGGGGAUGGAUGUGUAU